GCUUACGACACCUUUCACUCAACAUAUAAAAAUGAAGACAAGAUUAAAGAAAACAUGGUUUUGGUGGAUAAUAUUGCUGCCGCGUCGAAGGAUGCAGCACUACGUGCUACCCAAGAAGCUGCUGAUGACCCUCAUGUCUUGUCUAGAGAGGAAAAUAAUGUCAUUGCAAUGAAUGUGAUGGGGUAUAAUAACCGGGGUAGAUACCCAUUGAUGGGGGUUGGAGCUCAGCGGGGUACCUCCAGAAAAUCCUCCACGGCAUCCUCGACAACCUCGACUGCGACAACAUCAUCAAACAGAACCCUUGCAUCUUCUACAAUUAUGCGCGUCAACCGUUAUCUGCGCGGAAGAUUUCAGCUGAAUUAUUUGAAGAAGUUUUGGACCAAUUAGAUUUAGACGUUGG